UCCUCCCUGGGGGUGUCUGCAUGCAAGCGAGAGCUGGCGCAGGGCCGGAGAGUCCCGGCAGAGGCUGAGCAGGCGUCUUGUUCUCCCCCAGGCACUGCCAUCCCGUCGCGGAGAUGCUGGAUCUGCCCUUCCUGCCCUUCUGCGUCCUCCUGGGCGGCCUGGGCUUCUUGUGCGUGGCCUUCGUGAGCGGUUGGUGCCAGCACUGGCGCGGCGGCUUCGCCUUGGACGGCAGCGCCCAGAUGUUCAACUGGCACCCGGUGCUGAUGGUGACGGGCAUGGUGGUGCUGUAUGGUGCAGCGGCCCUGGUGUACCGCCUGCCCCCCACCUGGAGGGGCCCCAAGCUCCCCUGGAAGGUGCUGCACGGCGCCCUGGCUCUGGCAGCCUUCAGCCUGUCCGUGUUGGGGCUGGUGGCCGUCUUCCGCUUCCACAACACCCAUGGGACGCCCAACAUGUACUCCUUGCACAGCUGGCUGGGGCUGGUCACCGUGCUGCUCUUCUCCUGCCAGGUGGAGCCUCCUCCAGGCCCCAUGCCUCGGGCCAUGUGA